AAUGCUGCUCUUGCCAGUCAUUAGAACAUCAAAACAAAAUGUCCCAAGACUUAAACUGUCCUAUAAAGACUUGCUGCUUUCCAACAGCUGCAUUCCAUUCCUGGGUUCAGUGGAGGGGCUGGAUUUUCGAACUCUGCUGCUGGAUGAGGAGAGGGGUCGGCUGCUGCUCGGCAGUAAAGACCACAUUUUCCUGCUCAGCUUGGUUGAUAUAAACAAAAAUGUAAAAAAGAUAUUUUGGCCUGCCUCCAUGGACAACGUGGAGUUAUGUAAGCUUGCUGGAAAGGAUGCCCAUAAAGAAUGUGCCAACUUCAUUAGAGUCCUUCAGUCUUACAACAGAACACAUGUUUAUGUCUGCGGUACAGGAGCUUUCCACCCGGUCUGUGGCUACAUAGAAUUUGGAACACACAAAGAGGAAGUGGUAUUCAGACUGGAUGCUCUCAGCAUGGAGUCUGGCAGACUGAAAUGUCCUUUUGAUCCCCAGCAGCCCUUUGCAUCCGUCAUGGCAGAUGAAUAUCUUUAUUCUGGAGUGGCAUCGGAUUUCCUUGGCAAGGAUACUGCUUUAACUCGUUCUCUGGGCCCUUCGCAAGACCACCAUUUCAUCAGGACUGACAUCUCUGAACAUUACUGGCUCAGUGGAGCCAAAUUUAUCGGUAUAUUCCCUAUCCCGGACACCUAUAAUAGAGAUGAUGACAAAAUCUAUUUCUUUUUCCAAGAAGUUUCUCAAGUCAGCAGCUCAUCUGACAAAGUGAUCCUUUCCCAAGUUGGCAGAGUCUGUAAGAAUGACAUGGGAGGGCAGCGUAGCCUGAUAAACAAGUGGACAACAUUCCUGAAAGCAAGACUGGUGUGUUCAGUUCCUUGCCCGGAGGGUGCAGACACGCAUUUUGAUGAGCUGCAAGAUAUAUUUUUGCUUCCUACCAGAGAUGAAAGGAAUCCUGUUGUCUAUGGUGUCUUCACUACUACCAGUUCUGUUUUCAAGGGCUCUGCUGUUUGUGUGUACAGUAUGGCUAACAUCAGAGCAAUUUUCAAUGGACAUUAUGCCCAUAAGGAGAGUGUGGAUCACCACUGGGUUCAAUAUGAAGGGAGGAUUCCAUACCCCAGGCCUGGAACAUGUCCAAGUAAAACAUAUGAUCCAUCGAUCAAAUCCACCAGAGAUUUUCCAGAUGAUGUCAUUAGCUUCAUACGGCGACAUCCAAUGAUGCACAAAUCAGUCUACCCAGUGACCGGAGCACCUGUGUUUACUCAAAUCAACGUCAACUACAGGCUGACUCAGAUUGUGGUGGAUCGUGUCAUAGCUGAGGAUGGCCAGUAUGACGUAAUGUUCCUGGGCACAGAUACUGGAACAGUCCUGAAAGUUUUAAGUAUAACCAAGGAGAAGUGGGACUUGGAGGAAGUAAUACUGGAAGAGCUGCAGAUAUUUAAGCAUCCGUCACCUAUCUUGACAAUGGAGAUGUCCUCAAAGCAGCAACAACUGUACAUUGGUUCCAGAGAUGGGUUUGUUCAGCUCUCGCUGUACAGAUGUCACACAUAUGGAAAGGCUUGUGCCGAUUGUUGCCUUGCCAGGGACCCAUACUGUGCUUGGGAUGGAAAUUCUUGUUCCAGAUAUACACCAACCUCAAAAAGGCGGGCAAGGAGGCAAGAUGUCAAAUAUGGAGACCCAAUCACUCAGUGCUGGGAUGUUGAAGACAGCAUUAGUCAUGAAGUGGUUGAUGAAAAGGUGAUUUUUGGCAUUGAGUUUAAUUCAACAUUCCUGGAGUGUAUUCCAAAGUCCCAACAAGCUUCCAUUAGGUGGUUUAUUCAGCAUUCGGGAGAAGAGCAUCGGGAAGAGCUGAAACCGGAUGAAAGAAUCAUCAAGACAGAAUAUGGAUUGUUGAUCCGCAGUUUGCAGAAGAAAGACACAGGGGCAUAUUACUGUAAAGCCCAGGUACACACAUUUGUCCAGACUAUUGUGAAGUUAAAUUUAAAUGUCAUUGAGAACAGACAGAUGGAAAGCACUCUGAAAACAGAAGAUGAAGAGGGGCGAGUGAGGGAGUCACAGCUGAGAUACAAGGAUUACAUCCAACUUCUCAGCAGCCCCAACUUCAGCCUGGAUGAGUACUGUGAGCAGAUGUGGCACCAGGAAAAGAAGCGGCAGCGGAGCAAAGGGGGCCCAAAGUGGAAACAUGUCCAAGAGAUAAAGAAGAAACGGAACCGGAGACACCACAAAGCCAUCUUCCUACAUACCAGGCUCAUGUCUACAUAGUUUGCAUAUUUUAUUUAAAGAGAAGACAUUUUUGCUAUUGAA